AUAAUGAUGUAGCCCAGCGACUACUGUCAUGUGAUUAUUUUUGUGGGUGAUGAUGGUUCCCAUAGCUGAUAGUUGUAACGAGGAGCCGUACGUUUCCGUUCCGACCCUGGCUAACGCGUUUUGUGCUUUGACUGUAGCCACCGCUGUCCCACACCUCGUAACUGUGGGUUGACAUUUUUCCAUUCAGUGCGAUUUUUGGAGUUAAAGAGCGGAAGGUUAGUCGGUUAGCUGUCGACUAACGCGGUGUCGCUCAUUUUUGACGCUCUGCUUCGUUUCUUUUGGAUCUUUAAGCUAGUUAACGGUAGCGUUAGCAAAGCAGCUGCAGGGAUGGCGGAGGUUCCAGGAACAUCCAGUGAGACCAUAACGGAGACCGUUCAGACGAGCACGCCGCCGCCGCCCCAGCAGGAGGGACGAAGCUUGACAAUCAAGUUGAGGAAGAGGAAGACUGAGAAGAAGGUGGAGUGGUCCAGUGACACUGUCGACAACGAGCAUUUGGGAAGAAGGUCUUCAAAGUGCUGCUGCAUUUACGAGAAGCCCCGACAGUUUGGAGAAUCUUCCUCCGAGAGCGAGGGAGACGACGACGACGAAGGCUGCGGCAGCGCUCACUGUAUCCUGGGCCACGGCAGGAGAGGCCAUGGACAGACGGGGGGUGGGGGGACUACAGUACCCCCAAACUCUGGGGGGUCGCACUCGCACUAACAAAAAGCAGGGCUGAUUGUGUGGUCUGAGGGCUCUUUGGCGCCACGACAAUGACACAUUAAAAACAAACAAACUGCACUCUUGUUUUAGUUUAGUUUCAUCACUGAGGUUCAGGCCUGACAACCGGGCUUCAGCCCGAGUCUGAAAGUCCCAGCUGCUGCCGCACGACGGCAGCCUCUGUGCUGCUGCUCCUCUCGGGGAAAGUCAUGGCCACGUCACGGGCUCGUGGAAAAUACUUUGCCGACCUCAAAGCGUGUUUGCUAUUGUGCCAACUUAAAUAUGAAGCAUAGACUGGCAACACGUUCAAAUUGUGAUUCUAAUUGAAAUCAAAUGACAGUUUCAGCGUUUUUCCAAUCAGCUCCACUCGGUGUGCAUGACAUCACUGCUCAGCCUUAUCUGCCGACCUAACAUACUAGGAAAAUAAGCUCUGAGCUUUGAACUUUAUUCUUUCCUUUGUUUGGUUUUAUUGAGUUGUGCUGGCAGGUUGGGCUCCUUUAUGGUCAUCAUCUAGGUGAUGCGUAUCAACCCCAUGAUGUGGAGGUUUGAAAGGAUUAUUUAGAAAAGAAAAAUAAAACUUGUAAAAUCGAUUUUCAUUUUUCCAGAAAAGUUAUGUCUGCAGAUUCCACAGUGCACCCAGAAGAGCUUCACAGCUCUAUAACAGUCGCAUUACUUCCUGUUACUUCGUAGAGCUUUAAAUCAUUCCAAAAGUAGUCAUUAGUAGCAAUGUGA